AUUUUGACACAAGUGACAAAAAUAUCUAUCAACUAUAAGUAAAAAAACAGAAAAUAAAAUGUGUCGUAAACCUAAACGUAAUAUAUAAUAGAUUUGUUUGAAAAUUGCGUCAUCCUAUUUCGACCUUUAUUAUUUGCAUAUAAUAUUGUCACACAAUUGCAUCAUAAUCAUUAUUUCUGAAGUGUUUAAUUGAAUUCAGAUAUGAAUAAAGGGAGUAUAGUCUUAAAUUUCACAAAGUAUAACAGAAUAAGGAGUAUCAAGACUUACACGUGUUGGUCUUGUAAGCAAAAUGUCACUAAUCUUAUAUCAAAUCUAUUUUGUUCAAACUGUAAAGUUCUACAAAGGCCAGAGAAAUUAGAUAAUUAUUUUCAAGUUCUUGGCGUGAAAGAAACAUAUGACUUAAAUGACAGUGAUUUAGCAAGAAAUUAUAAGGAUUUACAGAAACAUUUGCAUCCAGAUAAAUAUGCGAAUAGAAUCAAAGAAGAACAGGAAAUAUCAGCACAAUAUUCCUCACUGGUGAAUGAUGCAUAUAAAACAUUACUAGAACCUUUAUCAAGAGGCAUAUACAUGCUGAAGUUAAGAGGGAAAGAAAUUUCUGAAAACACAGAGGUCGGCCAAGAAUUCCUUAUGAAAAUCAUGGAGAAGAAUGAAGAAGUAGAAAAUGCAGAAACCAAAGAAGAAAUUUUAAAAUUAAAUAAAGAGAACAGAACAAUUAUAAAUGAUCUACAAAAGCAAUUGUCAAAAGCAUUCUAUGAAGGUGACCUUAAAAGAGUACAAAAACUUUUAAGCCAUAUGAAGUAUUACACAAGUAUCGACAAUCAGAUACAAGCCCUUAUACGAAACAAGGGCAUCAUACAAUGAUGUACACAACUUGUUGAUAUAGUAGAAUUAAAUAUUUAAAAUCAAA